AUGUUUGUUGGCACGGAGUACGCUCGUUCUCUUUGUGGUACUAGCGCUCCAAUUGACUGUUUCAGUUUAAGUCCUCCAUAUCAAUGUCACUCUACAUAUUAUACUGACCCCAAAUGUGUGGAUCAUCCUGAUGGAUAUGGUUGUGAAUGUGGACCAGGUUUUCAUUGGAAUACCUUUAUGUGCAUGUCGUCGGCAAUUGAUUCCAGAUUUGAAUUUAAGGCUGUGAAACCAGAAAGAUAUACCCUAUUGUUAGAUAAAGCUUUUCCUAAGUUAAAACAUUUCACCAUCUCAUUUUGGAUGAAUGUAACUGACGUCAAUCAACAUGGUACUAUCUUGUCCUAUUCGCACGGUACUCACAACAACAUAUUACGCAUGAUGAGUGGUACCAGUAUCAGAUUUGAGGUAUUUGGUAUAUAUAAAGUUACAGACUUCCAACUGAGACCACACCAAUGGUACCAUGUGACAUGGACAUGGAGUUCCACAGAUGGAAAAUGGAAUUUCUAUAUCAAUGGUGACAAACGACAAAGUGGCUAUUUGAAUAGAACUUUAAGAGAAAUACCAUCUGGCGGGCAAAUAGUUUUAGGACAAAGUCAACCAUUCGAAAUCUCUGCAGCACUUGAUGGAGAUUUAUCACAUCUUAACAUCUGGAACUAUGUAAUGGAGAAAGAAGAAAUUAAAAAUAUUACUAAGUCAUGUAAUUUUAUGUAUUGUGGAAAUGCUGUUCAAUGGGUUGAAUUUCGCAGUGGUACACGUGGUGGUAUGAAAAUAAGAUGGCCGUCAGGAAUUUUCACUGGUCAAUGCUUUACAGAGAAAACAGCAGCUAUUUCCUGUGAUACUUUUUGCAGUGAUUUGAUAGGUGCCCAAUGUAAUGAAGAAAUCAAAGAAAAUAUCAGAUGGACUAGAACUAAAGCUGAAAAUACAGUGAGUGUACAAUGUCCGAGGUUAGAUGAUAAUUCUACCAUUGAUAUCAGACCUGAUGAUCGCAUUGAUGGUCAAGCAACUCGUGUUUGUAAGUUACAAGAAGAUGCUAAUGAUGGUAUAUGGUUAGAACCAAUGAUAGAUGGGUGUAUAUCAACAGAUUUAUUACAAAUUAAAAAUAUGUUCACAAGACUUGGUAAAGUAGAUUUGAAUGAAAUAUCAGUGCUACAGCUAGCUGAUAAGUUAUUAAAUCAUACCAUUCAUAAUACCUACACAAACCCAAUAGAUAUAGCUACAGUCAUUGAUUUAUUACAAAUCAUGGUCACAACCCAGGGCAUAGCCCCAAGAACAGUUACAUGGCAGAAUGGUGGAAUUACAUUUGCCAGAACAAAAGAAGUUUAUCCUACGUUUGAACAAACAACCACUUUCAGUCAGAUAUUGGGAGCUAUAAUAGAUAAUUUAUUAAGCAGUAAAAAUGAUAUUGGAUGGAAUGCUACCCAGCCGCGUGGAGUAGAGGGAGAUAAUCUAUUAUCUGUAUUAAAGAUGUUUGCUAACGUCAUAUCCCGUAGUUUAAUAUACCAUGUAAUUGAUGGAUUGGUAACAUAUGAAAAUGCUGUCAUCAAAGUUUUUAAAGAAAACAUUGGUAAAUAUGUAUUAUUAUUGACGAGAGGUCUUCUAAUGCCUGGGGCACACAAACGUUUUUCUGACAAGCUGCGAGCACACAAAGAGACAGAAUUUCUGCAGUCAGUAAAUUUCUCUUAUGACAAUACAUGUGUUUGGAGUGAAAAUACAUCUGAUUUGAUGAAAACAGGCUUGAUGUUCGAAAUCCUGUCCAACGCAAUAUCUUGUCGUGGAAGCACGGAAACAUGGGAGAUUUUACUCAAGAUUUACAUAAGCGACAAAAAAUGUUCGUGUGCCCCUGCAUUAAACAACCAACACGUGUUACCAAUGUGCGAUUCUUUUUUCGACAAAUUUGUACUUAUACAAGAAAACUUUCUACCUUCUACCACAGAGUUCAAAAUAGAAACUUAUUGGAUUGAAGAGUUCUUUGGUUCAUCGUUCCCCAGUAAAGAAGAUGAAUUAGAAUAUAAGUUAAAGAAGAAUAAAGGAUUUUUAAGAGUAAGACGAGGUGUUUUAAUGUCACAAAAUACAUCAGAUCUUCCAGUGUUUAUUGGUGUAUCAAGUUUUAGAUACCAGAAACUAGCACAGAAUUUACCAAAUAAAAUUUAUAAAGGACGUAAGAAAGAAGAUAGAGUGAAUACACCUAUAAUGGCUGUUUAUUUACAUAUAGGAGAUUUACCUAUUACUAAUUUAACAUCACCUAUAUUAGUUGAUUUACCUAUCUUAAAUACAUUUAAUAUUUCCAAUCCUGAAUGUGUUCGAGUAAUACACAGAGAAAGAUCUAGAGAAUGGUACUGGUCUAGAGUAGGAUGUAGAUUAUUAAGAUAUAAUGGUAAAUCAGGUCGAUGUGCUUGUCAUAUACCUGGUGUAUUUUCUAUAACUACUGAUAUGUAUGAUGUCAAUUGGGAUAAAGGUGAUAAAAGACCUCAUUUAAUGAAUUUUGCAAGUUAUAUUGGUUGUGCUGUAUCUGCUUUGUUUUGUUUAAUAACAUGUAUUGUACAUGUUUAUAUUGGAACAUCAUCAGCAACUGCAGCUUUACAUCGAAAUUUAUCAAUAUCUAUAAGUUGUAGUCAGAUAGUGUUUAUGUUUGGUAUAGAUAGAUAUGAUCAAUCUGGUGUUUGUGAAGUUUUUGCCAUUUUAUUACAUUUCUUCUUUCUAACUAACUAUACCUGGUUAAUGAAUGAAGCGUUUAAUUUAUAUAUUAUUAUAACCUAUUCUGCACAUAGCCAAACAGAUUUGAACGAUUCAGGUUCAAUGUUACGUUACUAUAUAAUAGGAUGGGUAAUACCUGGUGUAUUGGUUGGAGCAUUUGUUGGUACCAAUACAGAUACUUAUUAUGCUGUAGAUAUGUGUUGGAUAUCAUGGGAUCAUUUCUGGUUAUUUAUUGGACCUGCUGUUGGAAUAAUUGCCAUCUCAAUAUUAGUUAUGAUUUUCACAGCCAAAGAACAUAAUGAAAAUUCAUAUACCAAGACUGAGAAAACUAAUAAGAUUAUCAUGAUUAACAUGAAAGGUCUGUGGACUCAGUUGAUCUUAGUGACAGUCUGCUGGGCAUUCGCAUUCAUAUCAAUCAAAAUGGUGGAUCAGAUAUUGAAAUAUAUCUACGCUUUGUUUAACUGUUUACAGGGAGCAUUCUUUAUGGUGUUCUAUAUGUUGCUUCACGAAGAGGUACGUGGUGUGUUUAAAAGCCAGAAGAAGAAACAAACAAUGUUACAAGGUUAUGAUUUUCCUGAUGAACAUUCCUUAGAUUCCAGUAUUUCCAGUUCUUUAUUAGAAAAGGAUAAAGAUUCCAGGAAACGAAGACACCCAUUAAAGACUCUACGCAAAUCUACUAACAACGAAGAUGAUAAAGGUUCAGAUUGUGAAAUGAUUACAUCUGUAUAA